CUGGAGAGGCCCCAGGAGGUGGGGACAGCGCGGGCUGCAGCGGCCGCGACGCCUGGGGGAGCUGAAGAGGAGGGGGACACUGCCACCCGCAGCCUCGCGGCGCUCACUGCAGUCCCGACAGCGGCCAAGCCCGGCCAAGCCGGGCGCAGUCGGCUGAGGCAGAGGCAGGAAAGGAACCAUGUUCCCAGCUUGCCCUUGCCUCUGGGUCCUCGUGGUCCUGGGCUCCAGCUGGGCAGGCUGGGGGAGCCUAGGGGCUGAAGCAGCGCGGCUAAGGCAGUUCUACGUGGCUGCUCAGAGCAUCAGCUGGAACUAUCGCCCCGAGUCCACAUACCUUGGUUCGAAUACUUUUGCAACCUCCUUUAAGAAAACUGUCUACAGAGAGUAUGAAGCAUAUUUUCAGAAAGAAAAACCACAAUCCAGAACUUCAGGACUUCUUGGACCUACUUUAUAUGCUGAAGUUGGCGACAUCAUGAAAGUUCACUUUAAGAAUAAGGCAGACAAGCCCUUAAGCAUCCAUCCUCAAGGAAUUAAGUACAGUAAAUUCUCAGAAGGUGCUUCUUACCCUGACCACACAUUCCCUGUGGAGAGGAUGGAUGAUUCUGUAGCUCCGGGCCAAGAAUACACCUAUGAGUGGAAUAUCAGUGAGGACAGUGGGCCCACCCACGAUGACCCUCCGUGCCUCACACAUAUCUAUUACUCCUAUGAAAAUCUGGUACACGACUUCAACUCUGGACUGAUUGGACCUCUGCUUAUUUGUAAGAAAGGCACCCUAACUGAGGAUGGGAUACAGAAGAUGUUUGACAAGCAACAUGUACUGAUGUUUGCUGUGUUUGAUGAAAGUAAAAGCUGGAACCAGACAUCAUCCCUAAUGUACACAGUCAAUGGCUAUGUGAAUGGGACAAUGCCAGAUAUAACAGUUUGUGCCCAUGACCACAUCAGUUGGCAUCUGAUUGGUAUGAGCUCUGGGCCAGAACUGUUCUCCAUUCAUUUCAACGGCCAGGUCCUGGAGCAGAACCAUCAUAAGAUCUCAGCCAUCACUCUCGUCAGUGCUACGUCCACAACUGCAAACAUGACCGUGAGCCUAGAGGGAAAGUGGGUCAUAUCUUCGCUCAUCCCAAAACAUUUUCAAGCUGGGAUGCAGGUUUACAUAGACAUUAAAAACUGUGCAAAGAAAACCAGGAAUCCUAAGAAACUAACUCGAGACCAGAGGCGGCACAUUAAGAGAUGGGAAUACUUCAUUGCUGCAGAGGAAGUCAUUUGGGACUAUGCACCUAUAAUACCAGCCAACAUGGACAAAAAGUACAGAUCUCUGCAUUUGGAUAAUUUCUCAAACCAAAUUGGAAAACAUUAUAAGAAGGUUGUCUACAAACAGUACCAAGAUGCAUCCUUCACCAAACGCCUGGAGAAUCCCAAUAGCAAAGAAGAUGGGGGGAUCUUGGGCCCUAUUAUCAGAGCCCAGGUCAGAGACACACUUAAAAUCAUGUUCAAAAAUAUGGCCAGCCGCAGCUACAGCAUUUACCCUCAUGGUGUGACCUUCUCUCCUUAUGAAGAUGAAGUCAACUCUUCUUCCACCUCAGGCAGUAACACCAUGAUCAAAGCAGUUCAACCAGGGGAAACCUAUACUUAUAAGUGGAACAUCCUAGAGUCUGAUGAACCCACGGAAAACGACGCUCAGUGCUUAACAAGACCAUACUACAGUAAUGUGGACAUCACAAGGGACAUUGCCUCUGGGCUGAUAGGGCUACUUCUAAUUUGUAAGAGCAGAUCCUUGGAUAAGCGAGGCAUACAGAGGGCAGCAGACAUUGAGCAGCAAGCUAUGUUUGCUGUGUUUGAUGAGAACAAGAGCUGGUACAUUGAGGACAACAUCUACAAGUUUUGUGAAAAUCCUGAGAAGGUGAAACGUGAUGACCCCAAGUUUUAUGAGUCAAACAUCAUGAGCACUAUCAAUGGCUAUGUGCCUGAGAGCAUACCCACACUAGGAUUCUGCUUUGAUGACACCGUCCAGUGGCACUUCUGCAGUAUGGGAACCCAGAAUGACAUUUUGACCAUUCACUUCACUGGGCACUCAUUCAUCUAUGGAAAGAAACACGAGGACACCUUGACCCUCUUCCCCAUGUGUGGGGAAUCUGUGACUGUCACAAUGGAUAAUGUUGGAACUUGGAUGUUAACUACCAUGAAUUCCAAUCCAAGAAGCAAAAAACUGUGGCUGAGAUUCAGGGAUGUCAAGUGUAUCCGGGAUGAUGAUGACUCAUAUGAGAUUACAUACGAACCUUCAGGAUCUACAUCCAUAACUACAAGGAAAAUGCGUGAUUCUUCAGAAAUCAAAGAUAAAAAUAAUGAUGCUGACUAUGAUUACCAGAACACACUGGCUUUAUCAUUAGGAAUCAGGUCAUUCAGAAAUUCAUCAUCGACUCAGGAGAAAGAUGAGUUCAAUCUUACUGCCCUGGCUCUGGAGAACAACUCUGAAUUCAUUCCUCCAAGUACCAACAGAACUGUUGGUUCAAAUUCUUCUUCCCCAGGUAACAUUAGCAGGCUUAUUGCCAAUAACUUUGCACAACCUCUGAAAAUUCUUCCUCACCCAGAAGCCACCACAGCUGGUCCCCCACUGGAACACACCAGCUUGGAGAAGAACUCAGUUCUCAACCCUCCCACAGCAAAGCAUUCCAGCCCUUAUUCUGAAGAUCCUAUAGAAGAUCCUCUACACUCAGAUGUCACAGGGAUAAGCCUGCUUGCAUUUGGUACAGAAGAAUUCAGAAAUCAAGAACAUGCUAAACGUAAAAGAUUCAAGGCAGGAAGAGGCCGAGCAACAAAGCAUAGGUUCUCCCAGAUGGAAUUCCCAGCACAUACUGGUAGACAUUUAAGCCAAGGCAACUCUUCUUCUUCCAGAAUAGGGCCCUGGGAGAACCUUCCCAGUGAUCUCCAAGGCAACUCUUCUUCUUCCAGAAUAGGGCCCUGGGAGAACCUUCCCAGUGAUCUGUUACUCUUACAACAAAAGGAUCCAUCUAAGAUUCUGAAUGGGGAAUGGCAUUUGGUUUCUGAGAAAGGCAGUUAUGAAAUAAUCCAAGAUGCUUAUGAAGACAAUGCUGUUAAUAAGCUGCCAAACAGCCCCCAGAAUGACUCAAGGACUUGGGGAGAAAACAUCCCUUUUAAAAACAAGCAUGGAAAGCAGAGUGGCCACCCAACAUUUUUUGUAACUAGACGUAAACCUCUACAAGGAAGACAAGAUGGAGGAAAUAGUAGAUUGAAGAAAGGCCUUUUUUUAAUUAGGACACGAAGAAAGAAAAAGGAAGAGAAGCCUGCACACCAUGUUCCUCUAUCUCCAAGGAGUUUUCACCCACUGAGAGUAGAGGCCAACAUCCCAUUUUCAGACGGGAGACAUAAUCAUUCAUUGUUACUCCAUACAUCCAAUGAAACACCUCUUCCCACAGACAUCAAUCAGACAUUCCCCUCUAUGAACCUUAGCCUCAUAGCCUCACUUCCUGAUGGUGAUCAAAACCCCCCAAAUGACACCAGUCAGACAAGCUCCCCUCCAGAUCUUUAUCAGACAGUGAGCCCAGAGGAACACUAUCAAACAUUCCCUAUUCAAGACUCUGAUCCAACGCACUCCAGUACAGUCCCCAGUCACAGAUCUCCUCCUCCAGAGCCCAGCCAGACACCCGACUAUGACCUAAGAAACAAGGCCUUCCCUACUGAUGUUAGUCAAACGUUCCCUUCCUUGGAACUUGAAGUCUGGCAGACAACCACCUCUCUAGACCUCAGUCAGCCAUCCCUCUAUCCAGAUCUCAGCCAGACAACCCUUUCUCCAGACCUCAGCCAGACUCUCUCUCCAGACCUCAGCCAGACAACCCUUUCUCCAGACCUUGGCCAGGAGACUCCCUCUCCAGACCUCAGCCAGACAACCCUUUCUCCAGACCCUGGCCAGCAGAUGCUCUCUCCAGACCUCAGCCAGACAACGCUUUCCCCAGACCUCAGCCAGACUUUCUCUCCAGACCUCAGCCAGACAACACUUUCCCCAGACCUCAGCCAGACUUUCUCUCCAGACCUCAGCCAGGAGACUCUCUCUCCAGACCUCAGCCAGACAACACUUUCCCCAGACCUCAGCCAGGAGACUUUCUCUCCAGACCUCAGCCAGAUGGCCCUUUCCCCAGACCUUGGCCAGGAGAAUCUCCCUCCAGACCUCAGCCAGACAACCCUUUCUCCAGACCCUGGCCAGCAGAUGCUCUCUCCAGACCUCAGCCAGACAACGCUUUCCCCAGACCUCAGCCAGGCUCUCUCUCCAGACCUCAGCCAGACAACCCUUUCUCCAGACCUUGGCCAGACGACUCUUCCCCCAAACCUCAGUCAGAUGCCACUUUCCCCAGACCUCAACCAGGCAACUCUCUCUCCAGACAUCAGUCAGACAUCCCUUCCUCUUGAUCUCAGGCAGACAUCACCUCCUCUAGAUCUCGAUCAGACAUCCCACACUUCUGAAUCUAGUCAGUCAUUGCCUCUCCCAGAAUUUGGUCACACUUUCCCUUAUGCAGAUCUUGGUCAGAUGCCAUCUCCUCCACCACACUCUCCACUAAAUAACACUUCUAUACCAAGAGAAUUUAAUCCACUGGUCAUAGUAGGCCUCAGUAGAGAUGAUGGAGAUUACAUUGAAAUUAUUCCAAGGCAGAAGGAAGAGAGCAGUGAAGAAGAGUAUAGUGAAUUUGAUUUUGUGGCCUAUGAUGACCCUUACCAAACUGAUCUUAGGACAGACAUCAACUCCUCCAGAAAUCCUGACAACAUUGCAGCAUGGUACCUUCGCAGCAACAAUGGAAACAGAAAAAAUUAUUACAUUGCUGCUGAAGAACUAUCCUGGGAUUAUUCAAAAUUUGCACAAAGUGAAGACACUGAUGAUGUUUCAAAGGACACCAUAUACAAGAAAGUAGUUUUUCGAAAGUACCUUGAUAGCACUUUUAACAAACUUGAUCCUCGGGGAGAGUAUGAAGAGCAUCUUGGCAUACUUGGUCCUAUCAUUAGAGCUGAAGUGGAUGACGUUAUCCAAGUUCGUUUUAAAAACUUAGCAUCCAGACCAUAUUCUCUUCAUGCCCAUGGGCUUUCCUAUGAAAAAUCAUCAGAGGGAAAGACUUAUGAAGAUGACUCUCCUGAAUGGUUUAAGGAAGAUAAUGCCGUUCAGCCCAACAGCACUUAUACAUAUGUAUGGCACGCCACUGAGCGAUCAGGGCCAGAAAAUCCUGGCUCCGCCUGUCGGGCUUGGGCCUACUACUCAGCAGUGAACCAGGAAAAAGAUAUCCAUUCAGGCUUGAUAGGACCCCUUCUGAUCUGCCGAAAAGGAACACUUCAUAAGGAGACCAACAUGCCUGUGGACAUGAGAGAAUUUGUCCUACUUUUUAUGGUCUUUGAUGAAAAGAAGAGCUGGUACUAUGAAAAGAAGCCCACAAGGUCUUGGAGACGCACAUCCUCAGAAGUAAAAAACUCCCAUGAGUUUCAUGCCAUUAAUGGGAUGAUCUACAACUUGCCUGGCCUGAGAAUGUACGAGCAAGAGUGGGUGAGGUUGCACCUGCUGAACAUAGGCGGCUCCCAGGACAUUCAUGUGGUUCACUUUCAUGGCCAGACCCUGCUGGAAAAUGGCACUCAACAGCACCAGUUAGGGGUCUGGCCUCUUCUGCCUGGUUCAUUUAAAACUCUUGAAAUGAAGGCAUCAAAACCUGGCUGGUGGCUCCUAGACACAGAAGUUGGAGAAAACCAGAGAGCAGGGAUGCAAACGCCAUUUCUCAUCACAGACAGAGACUGUAAAAUGCCAAUGGGACUAAGCACUGGUCUCAUAGCUGAUUCACAGAUCAAGGCUUCUGAGUUUUGGGGUUAUUGGGAACCCAAAUUAGCAAGACUAAACAAUGGUGGAUCAUAUAAUGCUUGGAUCGCAGAAAAACUUUCAACAGAAUUUAACCCUAAGCCUUGGAUCCAGGUAGACAUGCAAAGGGAAGUCCUGUUCACAGGGAUCCAGACCCAAGGUGCCAAACACUACCUGAAGUCUUACUACACCACCGAGUUCUUUGUGGCUUACAGCUCUGACCGGACAAACUGGCGGAUUUUCAAAGGGAACAGCACUAGGAACGUGAUGUAUUUUAAUGGCAAUUCGGAUGCCUCUACAAUAAAAGAGAAUCAGUUUGACCCACCUGUUGUGGCUAGAUAUAUUAGGAUCUCUCCAACUAAAUCCUAUAACAAACCUGCCCUUCGAUUGGAGCUGCAAGGUUGCGAGGUUAAUGGAUGCUCCACACCACUGGGUAUGGAAAGUGGAAGGAUAGAAAACAAGCAAAUCACAGCUUCCUCAUUUAAAAAAUCUUGGUGGGGAGAUUACUGGGAACCCUUCUGUGCCCGUCUUAAUGCCCAGGGCCGUGUGAAUGCCUGGCAAGCCAAGGCAAACAACAACAAUCAGUGGUUACAAAUUGAUCUGCUCAAAAUCAAGAAGAUAACAGCGAUUGUAACACAGGGUUGCAAGUCUCUGUCCUCUGAAAUGUAUGUGAAGAGCUACACCAUCCAGUACAGUGACCAGGGAGUUGAAUGGAAACCUUACAGAGAGAAAUCCUCGUUGGUGGACAAGAUUUUCGAAGGAAAUAAUAAUAUCAAAGGACAUGCGAAGAACUUUUUCAACCCACCAGUCAUUUCCAGGUUUAUACGCAUCAUUCCUAAAACAUGGAAUCAAAGCAUUGCACUUCGCCUGGAACUCUUUGGCUGUGAUAUUUAAUAGAAUUGAUUAUUCUAAAAGAUAGGAGGGACUCAAAGAUAUCAAGCCAUUUAGAGUGGACAAUGUAUUUUAGAGCUAUUUUAAAUAUUAAAAUUUUUCCACUAUUUCUCUUUUUUCUAUUAGAGAAUAAAAUUUUAUAUGUGAAACCUUUAUAACUCCUUAUAACCACUAAGUAAGAUGAUGACUAUUAUCUCUGCAUUAAUUUGAGUAUAGAUGGGAAAAUAUCAAGAACCAACAAGAAAAGGCUUAUCUUUCACUGAUUAAAAAUGCUAUAUAAAGAAAUAUUCAUGUAGUUAACAUUCUUCAUUAUAGUUCUCAAACUCUAUACACAUUAAUAAAAGAGAUAUUACUCUAUUAAAUCA